AGGAUGCUACGAGAAAAGUGAAAGCGGUGGACAGCAUGGUUGCCAGCAAGAUUCUAUUCUUGUUCCAGAGCGCAUAUGCACACUCGGAGCACAUGACUGAUACUAUAGAAAGACCUCUCCCUGAAGAACAAGUGUUAAUUCAUCAUCGGGGUGAUGUGUGCUGGAGCGGGAACGCACAAUAUAAAUUCGCGGUGAUAAGGAUGAAAGGGAGGUAUCGCGUAACAAUAUACAGGCCUUUUACCUUGGUCCAGUGCGAUCGAACAUAUGGUGAAUAUCAAAACCGAGGUGUAUUGCGCAACGGGAGCAUUACCUCUUCAUGAAGUGAACAUGCAUAAUCAUAGAUCAACAGUACGCACCGUAAAUGUACAUAGCGAACCGCAAGCUCCACGCUGCUGCGAUAACGUCAGACGAAUACUCCAUCUAGAGG